UACUGAGGUAGUCCAGGACCUCCUCACUCACCACUCCUGGAGUAUGGCGGCCUCGCCUGAUGAGGCGUUUGGCGCUGCAUAUGGUGGCGCUCACAGCCUCACCUCGACCCUGCGCCUUUCUGCGUGCAUAUGUUCUGCACCGCAUCUUCGCGCUGAUGUUACAUAGCUGAUACUGAGCUACCAAUAUUGUGGACACAGUACUGUGCAGCUGAGCAGGACCUGACAUGCGCCUUAUCAAUACAACAAGCCUGCAAUUCCGCGACUUCCUAGGUUCUGAGAUACCCAAAUACGCAAUCCUGUCACACGUCUGGUCGGACAGUGAAGUUUCUUACGAAGAAUUUACUGCCGGGCGCAAACAGGACGGGUAUGGCUACCAGAAGAUUGCCAAAACAUGCGAUUUUGCCCGAGAGACAUACAAAUUGGAAUGGGCCUGGGUCGACACCUGCUGCAUCGACAAGCGCUCAUCCGCCGAGCUGUCCGAAGCGAUCAACUCCAUGUUUGCAUGGUAUUCGAACUCUGCUGUCUGCUUAGUCUUCCUUCCGGAUGUGCACGAGCUGCCUGAGCACGAACCAAACCAUGUGGUGCAGCUAAAAGAUCACUACAAGCCAUCACCGACUCGAAAAUCCUCCUUCGAGGAUGUCAGAGACACAUUCAUGCGCUUGAAAGUUCACACUGACGAAGCCUCGUUCGUAAGAUCCGGAGAGCUCGUACCAUUCGCCGUUGAGGAGUUCCUUGCCAGCAAAUGGUUCACUCGAGGCUGGACAUUGCAAGAGCUUAUCGCGCCCUAUGCCAUCGACUUCUACAACACAUCUUUCCAAAGAAUAGGCAAUUGCAAUAAGAGCACUUCUGUAAAUCCGCAGUCGCGCGAGAUCAAAGGCCUAUCUCUACACUUAUUAGUGCAAGAAGCAACACGUAUCUCGCUCGAGAACCUAUUGGUCGGCCGGCGUACUCUCCCGUGUAUAGCGCAGCGCAUGAGCUGGGCUUCGAAAAGAACCACAACGCGACCUGAAGAUAUGGCAUACUGCCUGCUCGGCCUGUUCGGCGUGAACAUGCCUCUGCUCUACGGCGAAGGCGGCGAAAAGGCUUUCGAGAGACUGCAACUAGAGAUACUCAGUCGAGGCACAGAUCAAUCCCUCUUCAUGUGGAAGCCCGACGCCAGCCAGUACUAUCGUCAAGAAAACUUCUUCCGGCACAAUGGGUUCUCUCUUCUCGCCUCCGGCCCUGCUGCGUUCGAGGGUUGCACCGAAGCAGUAUUAGAGAAUGCGCAAAACACCCGCGGCACUCACGUGCUUGCUCAAUCAGUCUUCACGCGUACACAGAGAGGUCUUGAAACCAAAAUCGUCUUGCCGCAAGGUUUCUCACCGCGUCCAGGACCUACUUUUUGGCUCCUUUACCCCCUACGCUGCAAACUCAGCGCGACAAGCUUGUCAUCGUACCUUGCCAUCUACGUUGGAGUUCGCCAUGAAGCCAGCAAGGUCAAUUAUGCGGACGGAGCAUUACACGCUCGUGGCGCCGUCCUGUUACAAUGCGAUGCUCGAGAAGAACGAAAGACCAUUCAAUAUGUGCUCCGAGAUCCGGAAUUCAACGUUGAAUCUCUGGUUGCGAUGGCACGAUCUGAUCGGAGCCUGGAAGACGUGCUUUCUCCUUACCAUAAGACUUGGAACUCUCUGCGUAAUUUGAUGGAUUUGGAGCGACCGAAAUUCAAAUUGUAUUUUCCACCCGAUGCUGAAAUGGGAGAAUAUUUACCGAACACAUAACCAGGAAGAAUAGAGCUGGAAUUGUUGAGUUUGUGUCAUGAGCUGACAAACGGGGAGGAACGCCACCAGCUUCCAGGGAUGAUCGCAAUUGGAAAUAUCAAUUGCUGCGCCUAUUGACAAUCUCU